GCGGCCGAACACUUGUAGGAGGUGUAAAAAUUUACUUGUCAAAUUUUCCUUAUCAGAGAUAAAGAACUUAUUGCAAGAGAAAGGAUUGUCCUAGAAAAAAUCUUUGUAUUGCAAUGUAAUCCGAACACUUGUCAGGAACAGCAAUCUCGCUUGUGACUACGUAGGAAGGACGUCUGCAAGAGCUUGUCAACACGUGCUAAAGUUUUUUGGAAGAAGCGAAAUAUGAGUAAGAAAUCAGCAGGCCGCAGGAGGAAUGCAGUUCCUACAGUGGAGCAAAUUUCUUCAGAUCGGAUCACCAAGCUUGCAAGUCAGUACUGGGCUCCUGGAGAAAGCAAGAAACCCUUCAAUCCACAGAUCGUUGAUGACAUUUAUAAAGAUGAAAUUAAAGGCAGCAAGUUUUCUGUGAAGCGUGCUAUGCUGUUAGAGUUCAGCCAAUACUUGGAAAAUUAUUUGUGGCCCAACUUCAAUGCAGCUAAGGCUUCUGUUGAGUAUGUCAUGUCUGUCAUUGUGAUGGUGAAUGAAAAGUUUAGGGAAGGUGUACCACCAUGGGAGUCAUUCAAACAAAAUCCAGAGGAGUUCCAUGGAUUUUUCCAGCGCAUCAUGGAAAUCAGCUUGGCUGAUGAAGAUAUGGUGACAAUUAAGGAGCAGUCUAUUGUCUUGACGUUUUUGAUUCAUUGUUUCAACAGUCUGGAAAUGGAUCUCAUCAGAGAACAACUGCAGCACUUGGUGUCUCUGUCCAUGUGGAUUUCUCUUCUUCCGGAACGUCUGGAACAAGAGUUGAAGAAUGUGCCCAAGAAAUAUAGGAAAUACUGGGAACACCUGAAAAAGAAAGAGACCCAGGCAGAUGAAGAAACUAAGAAAAAACAAGAGAAAGAAAGAAAAUAUUUAUCAAACCUUGUUCAGAAGUUUGUGAAAAUCUUACAAUCGAUUCCAGAGUUAGGCUCUGUGGAUAUGGAUAAGGUUCACUAUUGUGAAAGGUUCCUUGAACUCUUGGUUGACUUAGAGGCAUUGUUACCAACUAGGAGAUUUUUCAAUACAUUAGUGGAUGAUCACCAUUUAGUGGUUAAGUGUCACCUUUCUGGUCUUGUAAGAAGAGAGUCAGAGGGAAGAUUAUUCAAACAAUUGUUGGAUAUGCUGAAGUUUUACACUGGUUUUGAGAUAAAUGAUGUUACAGGAAUGGCUCUGACAGAUCAUGAGAUGGUUGACAUUCAUUACAACAAAAUGGCUUCAUUACAGCGAGCAGUGUUCAAGUAUUUUCCAGAGCUUCAUGAUUUUGCAAUGAGUAACAUUGCCAGCAUUGAUACAAGGGAAGCUCUUCUGCAACAUUUUGGAUCUUUGUCAAAUAAAACACUUCAUGAGGUAGCAGCAUAUUUGAAGCUGUUGCCUUCUCCAGAUGAUGUGGGAGUGGAGAAUAACAGAGAGUUUCUUCUAGAGAUGUUGGUUUCUAGACACGAGCGACGCCUUUCUCAAAUUGAUGCCAUAAAUGAAAUGCCACUUUACCCUACAGAACAGAUUUUGUGGGAUGAAAAUAUUGUUCCAACAGAAUAUUAUUCAUCAGAAGACACUCUUGCUCUGCCAAAGUUAAACUUGCAGUUUUUGACCCUCCAUGAUUAUCUGCUGCGUAACCUCAACCUCUUCAGGCUGGAAUCUACAUAUGAGAUCCGUCAGGACAUGGAGGAUGUCAUUGCUAGAAUGAAACCUUGGCAAAACGAAAUGGAACAGACAGAGUUUGCUGGCUGGGCAAGAAUGGGCACAAAAAUAAUCAAUUUCAGCGUAAUUGAGGUAUCUAAACCAAAUAUCGGCGAGACUCGCCCGUCUCAGGUUAGAGCCGAUGUGACCAUUAACUUGAACAUGAGGGACAUUGUGAAAGGAGAAUGGGAAGCGUUGAGGAAACAUGACGUGGUGUUUUUGGUGACUGUGCGUCCAACCCAUCCCGGCCCAGUGAAGUAUGAUCGCUCGAAACCAUUCAGAGAGCAGUUCGGAGUUGAUUAUGUACGUGGAGCCGAAAUUGAAGGGAUGUUAGAUGAACAAGGAAAAGUAAUCGAAGAAGGUCCUGAACCAAAGCCUGAAUUUAAAGGAGAAGACAGAACAUUUCGCUUGUGGUUGGACACGAACCAAUACCAGCAGGAUAUGGCGGAGACUGUCCAUGGCGCUGAGGAUGUAUAUGAAACUUUUAACAUUCUUUUGAGACGGAAACCGAAAGAAAACAACUUUAAGGCUGUUUUGGAGACCAUCCGUGAUUUAAUGAACACAGAAUGUAUUGUACCAGACUGGCUCCACGAUAUCUUCCUAGGAUAUGACGAUCCUGGUGCAGCUCAUUACAGCAGAAUGCCAAACCAGAUCCGACAACUGAAUUUCAACGACACAUUUCUUGACUUUGAGCACCUCAAAUCUUGCUUUCCCCAAUAUACAGUCAAGUGUUCUACUGACGAUCCUGCAGAACGUGUCCCACCUUUCAAGAUAACUUUUCCUGAGACAGCGUCUUCCAGUAAGAAACGGAAACACGAUGAAGAAGACCCUAAAGAAGUCAAGCAGGAGUUGUUGGUGGAGCCAUUUGUGGUUCCCAACCGAGGACCAUAUCCGUUUAAUCAGCCAAAAAAGUACGGUCGUGUAAAUUUUGUUUUAGCCAGCAGACUGGAGCUCCUUAAGGAAGUGCAAAGGUUACAGGAGAGUCUGGGUGUUCAUGGCGAUGUUUCUUACACAUGCGAAACUGCGGGAUAUUUUUACUUGUAUCAGGUCGUCUCACGUUGGGAGGAGUACAUGGCGAAGCUGAAGGCAAGAAGAGGAGAAACUGCGGCGAUAUCUGAGUUCUUCCCUUUCACGAAGUUCUUUGAGAACGCACCACAGCCUAUUUUCAAGAUGAGUUCAUAUGAAGAAGACAUGGAAAUUGCAGAGGGCUGCUAUCGAUAUAUCAAGAAGAUAUUUCAGCAGUUAGAGGAAUUUAGAGCAUUUGAGCUUCUCAGAAGCGGUCGCGAUCGAACAAACUACCUCCUAGUGAAAGAAGCUAAGAUCAUAGCCAUGACUUGUACCCAUGCCGCACUCAAGAGGAGAGACCUAGUGGAGCUUGGAUUCAAGUACGACAAUGUGCUCAUGGAGGAGUCCGCACAGAUCCUAGAGAUUGAGACGUUUAUUCCACUACUGCUUCAGAAUCCAGAAGAUGGAUACAAUCGGAUGAAAAGGGUCAUUCUCAUCGGAGAUCAUCAUCAGCUUCCUCCUGUUAUAAAGAACAUGGCUUUUCAGAAGUUUUCCAACAUGGAGCAAUCUCUUUUCACGAGAUUUGUCAGACUUUGUGUUCCCACAGUUGAACUCGAUGCUCAAGGUCGUGCACGAUCCAGCCUAUGUAGCCUGUACAACUGGAGGUACAACAAACUUGGUGAUCUUCCUCAUGUCCAUACGUGGCCUGAGUACUGUGUGGAGAAUCCUGGAUUUUUCUUUGAUUUUCAGCUGAUCGAUGUUCAGGAUUUCAACGGCGUUGGCGAAUCAGAACCCAAUCCUUACUUUUAUCAGAAUCUUGGUGAGGCCGAAUACGCUGUGGCCAUCUUUAUGUACAUGCGCCUCAUUGGGUACCCCGCUGACAAGAUCGCCAUUCUAACAACGUACAACGGACAGAAGCAUCUUAUCCGUGACGUUAUUAAGCAAAGAUGUGCAAACAACCCUCUGAUUGGACAACCGAGCAAGGUCACUACUGUGGAUCGUUACCAGGGGCAACAGAACGAUUACAUCAUAUUAUCUCUCGUCCGCACAAAGACUGUGGGUCACAUCCGGGAUGUGCGCCGUCUUGUAGUGGCUAUGUCACGUGCCAGGUUAGGUCUUUAUGUCCUCGCACGUGUCAGCCUCUUCCAGAACUGCUUUGAGCUCAGACCUGCCUUCUCUCAGUUGACCAGCCGACCGCUGAAGCUCUCUUUAGCACCUAGUGAAAGAUAUCCCCCGUCCAGACCGCGUGGAGUUCCUCCAGCUGAGCGACCGUUUAUCGUCGAGGACAUGCCUCAGAUGCAUCGCUUCGUAUAUGACUUCUACAGUCAGUAUGUGGAAUCAUUAAGAGCACAGAGAGAGUACAUGGCCAACAUUCCACAGCCGCCAGAGGAAGACAAAGAAGACGAAGAGCCGGCUGAGCAAGGCGACGAGAAAGACGAAAACGGGACAGAAAAUGUGAACGAAAUAAACGAAGAGGCAGGAUCGCCGAUUGUGAAUGAAGUGGAACAAAUGGAAGAAGAAGCUAAUUAACGAAUUUUGCAGAACUCUAAAUGAUGGAGAAUUUGAUUUGAGGGUGAUCAAAAAUUCCGCUCUAUUCGAGUAUUUUGUUGUUGUUUGUUAGAAACAAACAACAACAAAUAUAACAUUCGCCAUA